AUGUCGGUAGGUUGUCUGAGGUCGCGGAGGUCACCUGAGGUCGGCGAGGUCUCUGGAAUAUCAGCUAGGUUGUUUGAGGUCAGCGAUAUUCCAAUGCGACGCGUGGGAAAAUUGGCGGGUCCAGACGUGUGGCGAACUGGAGGUGGAGGAACUCCGAGCGGACAACCUGAUCCAACUUAUGACAUCAACCCCAGAAAGGUGGAAGCUGAUCGUUAG